AUGAGCUCCUCCUUGCUCGUCGCUGCCAAAGCGAGCAAGGCCGAAAGACCCUUGGAUGCGAUACUAGGCGAUCUCAGGAGCAAGUGAGUAUGGCCUGCAGUCGCAGCGCAUAUUCGGAAGAGAGCCGUGUUGGAACUCGGAGCUGAAGCCCACACCCGCCGUCAUCCCUCGGCCCUGCAGGCAUGAUGAGAUCCGCUUCAAGGCUGCGCAGGAACUGUACAACUAUGUUCGUAAUCUUGCAGGUGCUGUCUACUCGCCACCUACCCGCAACUGACACCUUGAACGGUGAUCACUGCAGAUCCUCGCCAGCUCGCGAUCGCUCUCGGCUGAAGCGUUCAACAAGACCUAUUCCGAGAUCCAUGCACGAUGCUUUGCGCUCGUCAACUCGUCCGAUCUGCAGGAUAAACUGGCAGGCGUUACAGCAAUAGGUUCGUCCCUUCCUCACUCGUCUUCCGGUCCCUCACACUUGAGCUCACCGCCCUCCCCGCUCCUCCCCACUUGCUCCGCCCUGACCCAACUCACAGACAAAAUCGUCGAUGUGUUGGGCAACGACAUGUCGAGGGCCAUUCGCUUGGCCGCUUCCGUGCAACGCGCCUUCCCUUGCUCCGACUCGUUGGUCAUGACCAAUGCUGCCAAAGUCUUCGGUGCGUGUCCCAUAAUCUGAACCGAGCGACCGGUCGAUUCUGAUCGACUUUGGUGGCUUCACAGCUCGGCUGGCCGCGCAGGGUGGGAUUCUCAUGAGUGGGCACGUCGAUACGCAGGUCAAGAGCUGUAUCGAAUGGUUGCAGGGUGAGCUUUAUCUCCCUUGUGCUCCACUGCCGUUCAACUGCUGACCGGUCCCUCGAACGCAGGCGACCGAAUCGAGAAUCGACGAUACGCGGCCGUGCUCAUCCUGAGGGAAUUGACCAGACAAGCACCGGGCUUGAUCUAUGAACAUCUGACCGAGUUGUUGGACAACUUGUGGACGGCCAUGUGGGAUCCCAAGGUACGCUUUCGCAACCUCUCCAUCGAUAUCUGCUUCAAGGACCCGCACUGACGCCCAGACUCCAUUCCGCAGGUCGCAAUCCGAGAAGCCGCUGCCGAUGCAUUGGCGGGCUGUCUACUCAUUGCAACCCAGCGGGACGGGCAGUUGCGGGUCGAUGCGUACAACAUGGUCUUUGGGCAGGCGCAGAUCGGGUUCAAGACCGGUUACCCCGAAACGAUCCAUGGGUCCUUGCUCGGGUACAAGGAAUUGUUCCUCGAGGGCAAAUUGGUGGGUCUCGACUCAGCAGCGUACAAAGUUCUCCAGAGAGUUGAUCUCUGGUUGGGGUCGCUCCACAGUUCAUGGCCGACCGAUACGGCGAAGUGUGCGACCAGAUCUUGUUCUACAAGGAUCAUCGCGACCCCCUUGUUCGAAGGGCCGUUAUCGAACUCAUCCCAACCAUCGCUUCGUACAAUGCGAAUGAGUUUGCGGCGCAUUAUCUCAGUCGGACGAUGGCGUUCUUGUUGGAUCAGUUGAAGAAGGAUAGAGGGGAUCGAGCGACCGGUGAGUGCACUUUGAAGUUGCGGGAUGUACUGGACACUGACCGAACACCCUCCUUCAUUUGCGGCAUUCACACAGCUUUCCAAGCGAUCGGACGCGUGGCUCUCCAAGUCAAAUCGAUGAUGACGCCUUACCUCGACCCGAUCCUCAACUCGAUCAAGGACGGUCUCUUGUCCCGUGGUCGCAAGAAUCAACCGGCCGGUCUCGAGAACUCGAUCUUCCAAUGCAUCGGCAUGCUCGCGCAAUCCGUUGGACCGGCGUUGACCAAACAUAUGCACGAGUUGCUUGACCUCAUGUUCGCUUAUGGGCUUUCACCGGCGUUGCAUACGGCGUUGCAGCAACUCGGACGGGACAUUCCACCGCUUUUGCCGGAUAUUCAGGAAAGGAUCCUCAACCUCAUCUCGAUGACGCUCGCGGACGAGCCCUUUGUACAGGCCGGGGCACCUCACAAGGGUUCGAAGCAUCCUGAUUUGACGGUCAAUGGCGUCAACGGGCACGCGCAUCACCAUCAUCCCGAGAACCAGUCCCCUGAACGCAUCAUGCUUGCGCUCGAAGUCUUGGGGACCUUCAACUUCAAGGGGGUGUUCCAACCUCCGAAGCAUCUGACGCCGGGGAUGAUGCCGGAGCCGGUCGUCGAGCAGAGUCUGGGCGAAUUCGUCCGCGACCACGUCAUCCACUACGUAGAGGACGACAACCCCGAUAUUCGACGAGCUGCGGCCCUAUCGUGUUGCCAAGUCCUAUCGAACGACCCCAUCGUCACGCAAGCGAGCAAUCAUGCGAUCAAACUCAUGAACGAGGUCCUGGAGAAGUUGCUCACGUUGGCGAUCGCCGAUCCGGACCCUUCGAUUCGACAAGCGACGAUCUCGCAUUUGGACCCUAACUUUGAUCGACAUCUGGCGCAGGCUGAUUGCGUACGGUCCUUGUUCAUCGCUUUGAACGACGAGGUAUACGCGAUUCGCGAAAGUGCGAUUCGAAUCAUUGGUCGGUUGGCGACGCUGAACCCUGCGCACGUCAUGCCCUCGUUGCGCAAGACGUUAAUUCAGCUUCUGACUGAAUUGGAGUAUUCGACUGCGAGUCGGAACAAGGAAGAAGCAUCGACCUUGUUGGGUUUACUCGUGGGCGCUUCGCAGCGAUUGACGAAGCCUUAUGUCACGCCCAUGCUCAAUGUGCUCUUGCCCAAGUCGAGGGAUGCUUCACCUUCGGUCGCGGCAAGCAUCGUCACGACUUUGGGCGAGUUGACCAAAGUGGGUGGGGAGGACGUAUUGCCUUCCUUGGACGACUUGAUGUCCCUCAUCUUGGACACGUUGCACGAUCAAGCCUCGACGCAAAAGAGGGAUGCGGCGCUGCGCACACUAGGUCAACUCGCUUCGUACGCGGGGUACGUCAUCGACCCGUACCUUCAACACCCGUCGUUGUUGGGCAUCUUGAUCAGCUUACUCAAGACCGAACCGGCGCCUCAUACACGGCGUGAAGUCAUUCGCGUUAUGGGAGCCUUGGGUGCGCUCGAUCCGUAUCGCCAUUCGGUCGUGGAGGGUAUCUCGAACGACGCGUACGUCGAAUCGUUCAACCCUACCGAUCCGACCCACCCGAGCAACAUCGGUCCUUCGCAUGAAGAGUACUACCCGACCGUCGCUUUCAAUGCCCUGCUCGGCGUCUUUUCCGACCCUUCGCUCAGUGAUCAUCAUACCGCCAUCGUCGAUGCUAUCAUUUACAUCUUCCGUUCGCUUCGACUCAAGGUCGUCACCUUUUUGCCUCAAGUCUUGCCCGUUUAUCUCAACGUCAUGAGGACUUGCCCCGUCGGGUUGCAAGAAUUCUACUUCCAGAACUUGUCGCAGUUGAUCCAAAUGGUCAAGCAACACGUGCGCAACCACCUCGCACCCAUCUUAGCGAUCGUACGCGAGUUUUGGAACUCGACGACGAACCCUGGAUUGCAAGUCAUCAUCAUCGACGUCAUCCAAUCGAUCGCUUUGGCCCUUGACGCCGAGUUCAAGGCCUACUUGCCGAACCUGUUGCCGUUGAUGCUCAAGGCGUUCGAUCAUGAUUUCAUCGAAUUGCGUCGACAGAGUUCAUUGAUCAAGGUCCUACACGCCUUCGCCGUCUUUGGUACGAGCCUGGAAGAAUACCUCCACCUCAUCAUCCCCGCGAUCGUAUCGACCUUUGAAAGACCCGACGUCCCCGCCGUUCUACGAAGGCACGCGAUGCAAACCAUGUCGCAACUAUGUCGCAAGAUCAAUUUCGCCGAUCACGCUUCGAGGAUCAUCCAUCCUUUGGCGAGGGUGUUGGCGAACCCUGCUUCGCCGCUCGAGUUGAGGGUCCCGGCUAUGGACGCGAUGUGCUCGUUGUUGUUGCAGAUGGGGCCGGAUUUUGUUUUGUUUGUGCCGAUGAUUCACAAGGUGGGUCGACCGGAACGGUCGAGGCAACAGAUGCGGGCCGAGUCUGAUCUUUUAUUGGCAAUCCAUAGAUUCUCGUGCGACAACGCAUCUCGUACCCUCCCUAUCAGACCUUGGUCGACAAAUUGCUAGCGGAAGAGCCUCUGCCUCAGGAUCUGACCUUCGGUGAUCCCAUCAUCAUGCCCAACACAGAGGCGAUCGUCGCCGCCGACGCGGGAAUGAGCAAGCUCCCCGUCAAUCAGGUACACCUCAAAUCGGCGUGGGAGAUCGUCGACCGACCCAAGGCCGAUGAUUGGCGCGAAUGGAUCAAGCGUAUCUCGGUCCAGAUGCUCAAAUCGUCCCCUUCGUUGUCGUUGCGAGCGUGUGCGAAUUUGGCGGAGGUGUACCAUCCCCUUGCGAGAGAUCUCUUCAAUGCUGGUUUCGUCUCGGUCUGGGGCGAGUUGUAUGACAACUAUCAAGAAGACCUCGUACGAGCGAUUCAGAACGCGUUCAGUUCGCCGACGCUCCCUCCGGAGAUCACGCAGCAAUUGCUCAACCUCGCCGAGUUCAUGGAACAUGACGACAAGGUCCUGCCCAUCCCGAUCUCGACCUUGGGGCAAUACGCGCUCAAAUGCCGAGCGUACGCCAAGGCGUUGCAUUACAAGGAGCUGGAAGUUUUGUCCGAUCCUUCGUUGCAUACGAUCGAGGAGUUGAUCAGGAUCAACAACUCGUUGCAACAACCUGAUGUCUCCGUUGGGAUCCUCGUGCAUGCGCAUCAGCGACAUGGACUCGUCCUCAAGGAGGAGUGGUACAUCGAACUCGAACGAUGGGAGGAUGCACUUGCGGCUCUGCAGCGCAAGGCUCAAGAACAACCCGAUUCGUUCGAUGUCACCCUCGGAAGGAUGCGAUGCCUUCACGCGCUGGGCGAAUGGGAGUCGCUGGCCCACCUCGCGCAAGAGAACUGGGCGCGAGCGAGCCACGACAUGAAGCGCAAGAUUGCACCCAUGGCCGCCGCAGCGUCAUGGGGUUUGGCGCAAUGGGAAUCAAUGGACACUUUCAUCGGUGUGCUCAAGCAUGAUUCGGCCGACAGGGCAUGGUUCCGCUCCAUCCUAUCGAUCCAUCGCGGUCAGUUCAACAAGGCGCAAUCGCACAUCAACAAGGCGCGCGAUCUGCUCGAUACAGAAUUGACGACGCUCGUAGGGGAGAGUUACAACCGAGCGUAUGACGCGGUCGUGAGGAUUCAGAUGUUGUCCGAGUUGGAGGAGAUCAUCUCGUACAAGGAGGCGACGGCGAGUGGGAACCUUGAGCGACGGAAUUUAAUCCAACGUACUUGGAUGAAGCGACUUUUAGGCUGCAAGCGCGAUGUCGAUGUGUGGCAACGGAUCCUCAAGGUUCGGGCGCUUGUUGUUUCGCCGCACGAGAACAUCGAGAUGUGGGUCAAGUUUGCGAACUUGUGUCGCAAGUCCGGACGACUUGGCUUGGCGGACAAGACGCUCAAUUCGCUCAUGCCGGAUGAUAUUGGACCUGGAGGCGCGACCGGAAUGACGGGGCCGCCGGAGAUCAUCUAUGCGCAUCUCAAGUACAUGUGGGCGACUGGAGCGAGGGAGGAGACGCUUGGAUUCUUGCGGACGUUCACUUCGCAACGAUCGAACGAGGUGGGAUUGACCUCCAACGUGCUCUUGCCGGGGAGCGGGUCAUCGAGCGGAAACGUCUCCAAGGACGUGCGACUGCUGGCGCGGCUGUACUACAAGCUCGGGGAGUGGCAGAGCGCAAUGCAAGACAAUUGGGGCUCGGACGCCAUCACCGACAUUUUGCAGUCGUACCUCCUUGCGACCAAGCUCGAUCCGACGUGGUACAAGGCAUGGCACGCUUGGGCCUUGGCCAACUCCGAGGUCGUUUCUCAUUACGCCAAGUCACUCAACGAGCAGGACCAGAUGGCACCUCAGGUUUUCAUCGAUCAUCUCGUGCCGGCCGUCGAAGCGUUCUUCCAUUCGAUCGCACUUUCGCCAGGCAAUUCGUUGCAGGAUACUCUGAGGUUGUUGACACUUUGGUUCAAGUACGGUGGGGACGAGAAGGUCUACGAGGCGAUCAUGAAGGGGAUGAAGACUGUCAGCGUCGAUACGUGGCUCGAUGUCAUCCCUCAACUUAUCGCUCGCAUUCACGCGCCGAGUGCCAACGUGCGCAGUCUCAUCGAUUCGGUCCUCACCGAUGUCGGGAAGCAGCAUCCCCAGGCGCUCGUCUACCCACUCACGGUCGCAUCCAAGUAUCCUAGCGCACCUCGUCGCUCCGCCGCCGUCGCGAUCAUUGACAAGAUGAAGGUACAUAGCGAAGCCCUCGUCGCUCAGGCUUUGCUUGUCAGUCAGGAGUUGAUCCGCGUCGCGAUCCUCUGGAACGAAUUAUGGCACGAAGGACUCGAGGAAGCUUCUCGUCUCUUCUACGGUGAUCACAACAUCGACGCCAUGUUCGCCACUUUGGCCCCUUUGCACGACAUGCUCGAACGCGGUCCCGAAACCUUGCGCGAGAUUGCGUUCGCCCAGACGUUUGGGCGCGACCUCGCCGACGCUCGCGAGGCGUGCAAUCGCUAUCGACAAUUCGGCGAGAUCCAAGACCUCAACCAUGCUUGGGAUCUGUACUACCAGGUCUUUAGGAAGAUCAACAAGAAUUUGCCGACAUUGACGCUGCUCGAGUUGCAGUACGUCUCGCCCAAGUUGUUGGCGGUCAAGAACUUGGAUUUGGCAAUCCCGGGUGAGUUGUUGUGCACUCUGCAAAAGGGAUGCGUCGCUUUCGGAGCUGACUCUGAGUGCACAAUCGUCUCUCGCAGGUACGUAUCAAACGGGCAAGAAAAUUGUCCGUAUCGCCAGCUUCGGACCAACGUCGGAAGUCUUCACCUCGAAGCAGAGGCCGCGCAAGCUGCGCAUCGUCGGCAGCGAUGGCGUAGACUACAACUUCUUGCUCAAGGGCCACGAAGAUCUUCGUCAGGACGAGCGUGUCAUGCAGCUCUUUGGUCUUGUCAAUACGCUGUUGCAGAAGGAUUCAGAGACGUUCAAAAGACACCUCACGAUCGUCAAAUACCCCGUCAUCCCGCUCUCGCCCAACUCGGGCCUACUCGGCUGGGUCAACAGCACCGAUACGCUGCAUGUGCUCAUCAAGAACUACCGUGACAGUCACAAGAUCCUCCUCAACAUCGAACAUCGUCUGAUCCUCCAAAUGGCACCCGAUUUCGACCACUUGUGUCUGAUGCAAAAGCUCGAGGUGUUCGAGUACUCGCUCGACAACACGACGGGCCAAGACUUUUACCGCGUCAUGUGGCUCAAGUCGCGCAACUCUGAAGCAUGGCUCGAUCGUCGCAGCAACUACUGCCGCACGCUGGCGGUCAUGUCCAUGGUCGGCCAUAUUCUUGGAUUGGGCGAUCGUCACCCUUCGAAUUUGUUGAUGGAUCGUGUCAGUGGGAGGAUCGUGCAUGUCGAUUUCGGUGAUUGCUUCGAGGUCGCGAUGCAGAGGGAAAAACAUCCUGAGAAGGUGCCGUUCCGAUUGACGAGGAUGCUCAUGUCGGCGAUGGAGGUGAGUCCUUCGACGAGGCUUUGUCCAGACACCCUCUUUCGGGGACGCUCUUAUUAACCCGGUCCUUCUUUUCACCAGGUCUCGGGCAUUGAAGGCACGUUCAAAAUCACGUGCCAACACACGAUGCGCGUCCUACGCGAGAACAAGGAAUCCAUCAUCGCCGUACUCGAGGCGUUUGUCCAUGACCCUCUCAUCAAUUGGAGGCUCGUGCAAGGUGGGCGACAGAUCGAGGGCAAAGCCGCGGCGGACAAUGGGGGCGUUGGAGGGGCGCGCCGUCCUAGGGGUGAUGAGACCAAUAUCUAUGAUGGUGAGUUCCAAUCCGGUCUCGAUGAUCGAAGUAGGAGAUUGGCGUAGGGCUGAUGAAGAAUACCAACGUGGUGUGACGUGCUUCUUGCAGAGGAUGCGGUCGACCAGAUCAACACCCGCGCCGUGCAAGUCGUCGAACGUGUGCAGCAGAAGCUGACGGGUGAGUGAAGCCCAAGAUACCCGUGCAUAGUGACCGGAGACCUGACGCGCAGAGCAACCCACGCCAAUGAUUCUCGGAGGACGAGACUUCAAGGCCACGGUCGUACUCAGCGUCAACGACCAGGUCGACAAGCUGAUUGCUCAAGCGACCAGCCUCGAGAACCUCUCGCAAUGCUUCAUUGGAUGGUGUGAGUGACAGACCCAGAAAGAACCGUUCUUAGUGGCGGGCAUGGAUGUUGAUUAUUCUCGCAUCCUCCCACAGGCCCAUUCUGGUGAAGUUUUCCUAA